AUUGUUCUUCCAUAUAAAGACAUCGCCCUCGUUAAAACUUACCUCAGUCUUUAUUGUAUGCUGCGGGACGCACUAGCUUUAAAAUCUAACGAAAUACUGUGUAAUGUGAAACGUUUUGCACACAUAAAUAACAAUCUAAUAUUUUACGAUUCCAUUUGAUCUGACUCGGCCGUAACAUUCUACAAAAUGAUAGUGAGAAAUGUAAUAGCUAUUAUUUUCUUCGCCAUAACUGGAACAGCAUUUGUGCAACGUUCAACGACAAAACGUUCGAAAUCACCAACAGAAGUUCUUGACUUCUCGCACAAACUAAAUAAUGAGGAUGCGUUACUACGUGUUUCGGAUUUUGGCGUUGUACGAAGAUCUUUGAACCCGAUGCUAUUUGGACAUAUAUAUAGUAGUGUUCAUUUGACAGAUAAUCUGAGAGAGAUUAUUCCAAAGUCCAAAGUCGAAAAAAAGAAAAAUAAAGUAAUAGAAAAAUUGAAAUUAUCAGUGACAUUUCGUGAUAAUAUAUUUUACAUUUUUUCGUACUUACUUCAUGGUCGUGAAGACGGAUUAACAGAAGAGCAAUACAUGUCUUUACAGACACUUUAUGAAUUUCUUAAAAAGAAAAUGGUUUAUAUGUACAAUUUAUUGCCUGUUUUAUCUAAAUUAGAUAAUCUCGAUAAGAAUCAACAGACACGAAUCAUACUAUUGUCAAUGAUGAAAAAUUUACCUUCUUAUCUCCAAUGCACAGCUAAAUACUUGGCCAAUGAGAUAGAAUUGAAAAGAAUCGACUUAAACAUGUUAUUGAAACCAACAGCGUUCGAAACAUUUAAUUAUCUUGCCAACAUCGAUUCAGACAUGAUAUUGAAAAGUAAAGUGAAAAAUGAUGAAGAAAUGAUAGGAUUCAAUAAAUAUUCGAAUAUCACUCAAAAAGCUGUUGGACCAGUAUUUGUAAAGCUCCUUUACAAUUUACAUGCCAAUAAGCAACCUUUGUCACAAGAACUAUUCGGUUUGAUACUCAUAAAUUUACCAAAUCCUAGCGAUGAUCCUAUACUCGAAGAAAACAUCAAGUAUUUAUACGAAUUAACCAAAAAUAAUAUGAUCGAUGACAAGAGUUGGAAUUUGAUAGGAAAAGAUCCGAACACCGACGAUGCUUAUUCACUUGUCUUUUCUGUCUUGACUAAGAUUCUCCAUUCAAAUGUACAAAUGAUUGUAAAGGAUGCCGCGGCUUACGUAUACCAUCAUCUGAAGAUUGUGGUGGUUCCAAGUCAUAUUACUCCAAAUUUAAAAUAUAUGCAUCGUCUAAUUGAAAAAGAUAUAGAUAUUGCAAUGUUGCUUUCAGCCAUUAUUCCGCAAGAAUUCAGUCCCGAUGCGAUCCGCAUGAAAGAUCAUCUGCUAACAUAUUUACGCAAUUACAGAAGAGAGGAUCUGGAUGCAAUCUUGAAGGGAUUUAACAAAUUCGCCUAUAGCGAUCCCUUAAAUCUUCUCUUGGCAUUCUUGACGAGACUUGCAAAUCGCAUACCAAACCUUCCAAAUUCUAAUUUACAAAUGCUUCGACAAUCAAUUACAGCUUUGUUACCGGCCUUAAUUGUAAAAAAAUAUGCUAGAUUUUUCACGCCAUUUGUAUCACCUGAAGUCGAUGUAUUGAUACUUUUAGACUCUCUGAAGACUCCAGAAAUGGAUCCAGUGAUGGGAUCGACAAUCGAUUCUAUAAAGUUUGAAUUAAUUGCACAGCCGAAAAUAUCUGUACUCUUGAGUACCUUGAUGCCAACGGAAAAAGACAAAUGUCUGAUACCUAAACAAUGUUUGCUAAAUACGUUCCAGCAUAUACAGAGAUUACAAAGUAAUAUACCUUUGACACUAAUAACAAAAAUUCAAAACAUAGCAUAUAGACUGAAGACAAAUUCGCCGAUGCUGAUUCCAUCACAAAGUUUUUCUUCCAAACCGGUGGAUGUAAAUGUUUUCGUAGAUCGGAAAAAUCCAGUUGCAGUAGCAAUUGAUAAUAUGUUUCCGAAUAAUAUGAUAAGUAAUUUCAAUAAAUUUCCGUACGUAACAUGGAACAUAAAUAUGGAACAUGGUAAGAUCGGUCCUACUAUGCAAGUUGACUCGCAACCUACAGAAUGGGAAACAGGACUUCCUGUAGAUAUCAAUCCUGCAGAAAUAAAGGUAUCGCCAAUAAUUACAACAGAUAAAGCUCAUGUCACUAAACCACAACCUUAUCAUUACACGAUAUCUAAAAAACAAAGCACUUUUGAAGACAAUCCUGAAAUCGAACACACUCCAGAAAUGGUAUUGCCAAAAGAAAUAUCAUACCCCAUAAUGAAUGAAGAAAUUGAGAUUCAAACUUCUUCACCGGAAAAAACCCCUACAAAAAUCUACUCACAAAAAAAACCAAACGUACCAUAUAUAGAAUCGGACUUUUCAGAGAGAGUUAAAGACAAGACCAGCAAUGAAAAUGUAUCGAGUGCAAUAGUAUUACCUCCAUUGAUAAAAACUGAUAAACCUAUUAAGGUGCAAAUAUCCAAUAAUGGCGUUCCAGUUGUAACGACGGAUGAUCAUAACACAGCAGAACCUGGUUUUGAGUUACCUGAAAUCAGCGAACUUUUAAAACCACCGGAAAUCGACGAUCUCUUAAAAGAUGCCGAUUCACCAAUAGUUAGUCAAGUGUUACAACCAUUAUCUGCCAUAUUUGGUAAAAAUUAUGUCAAAAAGAUUUUGAAAGGUACAGAUACGAAGCUUUAUUCCACAAACAUUGCAUUAUUAGCAGCGAUACUUAAGAAAGCCAUGAUUUAUCCAGAAGUAGCGAAGAAUCCACAAUUGAUGAACCUGAUUCAGAAAUAUAUCGCCACUAUAGAAUAUGUAAGUCCAACGAUAUUAUUGCCCAUCGUAGUAUCAUCAAUGAAGUUAGUAUCAGACAUCGUGUAUUCUACAUUUAAUCCAAAUGAUUUAACUAAUAGUAGAAUUACCGAAAAUCCACCCGAAAAAACGUCAAUUGAUACUAUUACCAUACCUCUCGUCAAUCCUAAAUUAUUGUUGCAAUCUGUAAAUCCAUCUAAUCCUUACGCCGAUCUAUUACCUACUUUGAAAGAAGGAGAUGUGUUUGCGGUAACAAUACGACCUCUUAAGAAAAUUUUCACAACUUCAAAAAUUGUAGAAAUACUUGGACCAGAUUUUCAACCAUUCAUAUAUCCAAAUAAAGGAGCCCUUUUAAUUACACUUUUGCACAAAUUACGGAAAAGUAAAACGAUUCAAUUGAAUCCGAAGUUGAAAUCCAUAAUUGAUAUUUAUAUAAAUGCUAUCGAGGUACCAUCAAUGAAUAUCCACGUGUCCGAAGAUAAUCUCGUGAAAAUGAUGUCUGAAACAACAGGUCAGUGGCAGCCUGAAUUAACAAGUUUGAUGUCUGCUUUGCCAAUACCGGAUAGUGAUAAUGAAAUCACUAUGACAGAGAAGCUAGAACAAUUCCUUGCCGAUCCAACUCUUUUAGACAAGUUGCACAUAGCUAAACCACCGUUAACUAUGACUCGCGGAGACCUUUUGCGUAAAAUUAUUCUGACUGCAUUGUCUGGUAAAAUACAUCUUGAAAGACAAGUUUUGAGGGCACUUCAAUACUACAAGAACAAGAUAGAAUUCACUGAAAUGGGUGCCUUGCCCAUUAUGUGGAUGUGGGUCGAAAUGUACGUAGUUAAGGCCGAAGUACAACUAGGCGAUAUGAUACAAGAAACGAUAAACUUUAAUGAAUUAACGCAUAGGGAGAAACUAGCAUAUAACGAUCUAAUCACAUACCUGGCUCAAAAUCCCAAUCUUCUUCAAGACAACGAAGAUUUCGAUUUUGAGAAAUAUAAGACGCAAGGAGAAUUUGUUAGGGGUUUGUUCAAGCAUUUGUUGAAAAAACCACAGGUUAACAAUAAAAUUAAAAGAAAUAUUCAGAUGAUACUUCCACGCGUAACCCUGACUGGAGUAGGCGCGAUUCGAAUGCCAAAUUUCUCUGGAUUUAAAAAAUAGAUAGAUUAUUCACUUAAUUACAGUGUUUUAAUUAGACGAGUUUAAUCCGAGUUUGGAAGAAACGGAACUUGAGUACAGGUAUGUCUGAAGACGAGCGUGUGUUUCAUAACAAAGAAUUAAUUCGAAUUAUU